GUGAAGAUGGAAGGGGUCCAACCCCUGGGCGAGCAUGUUGGAAAUACACCAGGACGGAGAUUCUUGAGGAACAAGCUAUUGCUGGUAGCCUCCGUAAUUCAGGGGCUGGGGCUGCUCCUGUGUCUCACCUACAUCUGUCUGCACUUCUAUGCUCAGGUGCCAUCUCAAUACCCUCCAAUCCAAAGUAUAAGAGUGCAGUUUACCAAGUGUGAAAAUGAGAACGGUUUCAUCAUCACAUCCCCAAACAAGGAUGGAACCAUGAAGGUGCAGAACAACUCAAUCAUCAUCAGCUGUGAUGGGUUUUAUCUCAUCUCUCUGAAGGGCUACUUCUCUCAGGAGCUCAGCCUCAGGCUUCAGUACCGGAAGGGUCGGGAACCCCUCCUCUCCCUGAACAAGGUCAAGUCUGUUGACUCUGUCACAGUGGCCAAUCUGGCUUUCAAGGACAAAGUCUACCUGAAUGUGACCACUCACAAUGCCUCCUGCGAAGACAUCCAGGUGAAUGGUGGGGAAUUGAUUCUCAUUCAUCAAAAUCCUGGUGGAUUCUGUGUCUACUGA